CGAAGCAUCGGUGCACCUCCGAGCCGAUUUGUAAUUUAUGCCGUGAAUAUAGGCAAUCCCGUUAUAUUAACUUACCAAAUAAAACAUUUCAUCGGAAAAAAAUAUGUUAUGCAAUUGCAUGUGUUUCAACGGUUUUUCCCGAAAAUCCCAACGUUACGACGGACUAUUACUGUUUCAUCCACACGCUCAUUCUUCCUUGAGGAGGCAACCAACUUGGAAAGUAUGGGGCGAAGAAAGACUUGAUGGUGCUAUUUACACGAUCUAUUUGAAAAAAGUCCGUUACCAUCGUCCAACGUACACGAUAUCUUCGGAUGACAACGGUGAAAGCAUUUCACAUCUUGAAUGGGAGACGGUUAAAGUGAGGCUACUCAAGGCAGGAACGCUGAGGAGGCUGGUCGAAGCCCUUGCCACAGACGAAGGUGAGCUCGAGUCGACAUACGUCAAUGUCUUCCUGGCCACCUAUCGUACGUUCACAACACCAGAUGAAGUCCUCACUUUACUUUUGGAUAGGUAUGAACAGUUGGCAAAUAAUGAACUCGAUUUGCCAGAACCUGUGGCUGACCAGCACUGCAAGACGCUCUGUGGUGCUCUCCAUGUCUGGCUUGAAAGUUACCCGGAGGACUGGUGCCAGCCCCCACUUUAUACGAUGAUCCAUCAGCUUCUUCUCUUUACACAACAGCACUUGCCGAACUCUGAGCUGCAUAUCAAACUCAAGCACAGGCUUCAGUCAUUCCAGUCACAGCAGAAAGGAAAUGAUGUUUAUUCAAUGUACAAUGGCAGUCUGUGUCUUCAUACAACUCCUACGCAACCACCUUAUCAGUUCCCAGAUAUUCCACAUCCACAUUUUGCCGAGCAGCUUACACGCAUUGACAUGGAAUUGUUCAAAAAAGUCAUUGUGCAUCAAUGCCUUGGAGGUGUUUGGUCAAGGAGGGAGAAAAGGCGAGCUGAAGAAGCGCCGACGGUGCUAGCAACAGUUUCACAGUUCAAUGCUGUCUCCCUAAGGGUUAUUUCUACGGUGCUCCUACACAAUUCAACAUCACGCUCCUCAGUAAUUUCUACGUGGAUCGACAUUGCACAGGAGUUGAGAGUGUUAAAAAACUUCUCGUCGCUCAAAGCAAUCAUAUCAGGACUACAGUCAAACCCAGUAUAUAGAUUGCACAAGACUUGGUCGGCCCUGCCCAAAGACAAAGUGGAGUUGUUUGAAGAAUUAGCAAGAAUAUUUAGUGAGGAGAAUAACCAAUGGGCGCAGAGGGAACUCCUGAUGAAGGAAGGAACAGCAAGAUUCGCGGACACUGUCGGGCACAAUGACAAACAAUUGCAAAAAGUUAUUCAACGCCAGCUCAAUAAUAGUGGAACAAUUAGUUACGGGACCAUACCAUAUUUAGGUACCUUUUUGACUGAUCUUACAAUGAUAGAUACAGCUAUACCUGAUACCCUCCCAGACGGACUGAUUAAUUUUGAUAAAAGAAGAAAGGAAUUUGAAGUUCUGGCUCAGAUUAAAUUACUCCAAGGGGCGGCUAAUGCAUAUAUGAUCUCUGAAGACUUAAGUUUUGAAAGAUGGUUUGAUUCGGUGCUCACUCUGGAUGAUAAGGAUGCUUACCAACUAUCUUGCCAAAUUGAGCCUCCGUUAAACACGCCAUUAAACACAAGGAUAAAACAUGGUCAUAAGAAGAAUGAUUCAGUUGCAAGUACAUCGAGCAGUUCAAGUAGUCAAUUUUAUUGUGAUAUUGAUCAUGGAUCAACUUCUAUCGAUACCAAGGACUCUGUUUCUCAGACAUCAUCUUCAUCUAAUGGCUCAAUUGAUACAGCUCCAGUAUCACCAAGUCUAAACUUGAGUCAAUGCCCAACUGAUUUCUACAUUAUCAAAGUCACUUAUCAAACCAAUAAUGUGGAAACUCAAGGGAUUGUUUUGUAUAAAAGCAUUAUGUUAAGUAACAACGAGAGAACGCCACAAGUAAUUAGAAACGCCAUGAUGAAGCUGGGCUUAGAGGGCAACCCUGACACAUACACGAUUGCACAAAUUUUGCCACAUAAAGAAAUGGUACUCCCACCUAAUGCAAAUGUGUAUUAUGCUGUAAAUACAGAUUAUAAUUUACAUUUUAUCCUCCGUCCAAAAGACCAACCAAGCCCGAGUGGCUUUAAGAAAUCAAAACCACUGUGUACUUAAUUUUUGUUUUUUAUAUUAUUUUUAAAUGCAGGGUUUGGCACAAAAAUAAAUUGCUAUUACUCAUUUAUAUGUACAAACAUUCCAGUAUUUAUAUCUAGGAUAAAGACACAAUUCAACUGUGAUAGAAUUACCUGUACUUAUCAAUGUUUUAAGACAUAGGAAUUGUAAAUCAUAUUCAUAAAUUUAAUUUGGAAGAUCUGUCAAUUAUAAAUAUCAUUUGAAAUUCAACAUCCUCUGGUGUAGUCAGAGAGAGGAUUCACCAGUGUGUUAAGCACAUGGUUUAAGCCGGGCCUUCGGCCCGCUGGCUCCAGUGGUCUUCAGAUGCUUUCACUGACCAUGUUGAUAUUAGCACUUAUUGUGUAAUUUUAAAAAUGUAUUGUUAAACUAUGUAUCAAAAUUAUGUUUAUUGUAAAGAUUUUAUUUAUUCAUG